AUGUCUGCCUCCGCCCUCCGAAGCACGUCUCGUGCCUUGCGCCGUUGCGCCUCGCCCGCCGCCGCCGCCAUAAUCAAGAGGCCAACCGCACAUGCUCGAUCGGCGCCUGUCCUCCUGUCGCGUGGAGCUGUCAGGCCGCUGUCUUCCCUGAAUGUCGAGGGACAGCAGCAGCUUCUCUCGAGCAACCUGCAGCAAGCCGACCCGGCCGUCUUCGACAUUAUCGAGAAGGAAAAGAACAGGCAGAAGCACUUCAUCAACCUCAUUCCUUCCGAGAACUUCACAUCUCAGGCUGUCCUUGACGCCCUGGGCAGUGUCAUGCAGAACAAGUACUCCGAGGGCUAUCCCGGAGCAAGGUACUACGGCGGCAAUGAGUUCAUCGACCAGUCGGAACGGCUGUGCCAGCAGCGUGCGCUGGAGGCCUUCGAUCUCGACGCCUCCCAAUGGGGUGUCAACGUUCAAGCCCUCUCCGGUGCGCCGGCCAACCUUUACGUGUAUUCCGCCCUCAUGAACACCCAUGACCGCCUCAUGGGCCUCGACCUGCCUCACGGCGGCCACCUGUCCCACGGAUACCAGACUCCCACCAAGAAGAUCUCAGCCAUCUCCAAGUAUUUCGAGACAGUCCCAUACCGUCUCAACGAGACCACCGGUAUCAUUGAUUAUGACAAGCUCGAGGAGAUGGCCAUCAUCUACCGACCCAAGAUCAUCGUCGCUGGCGCUAGUGCCUACAGCAGCCUCAUCGACUACAAGCGCAUUCGUGAGAUCUGCGACAAGAACCCCAUCAAUUCCUCCGUCUUCCCCGGUCACCAGGGCGGCCCCCACAACCAUACCAUCACGGCCCUUUCGGUCGCGCUCAAGCAGGCCCAGACCCCCGAGUUCCGCGCCUACCAGACCCAGGUCCUCUCCAACGCAAAGGCCCUAGCCCACCGCCUCGGAGAGUCCAAGGAGAAGGGUGGCCUCGGCUACAAGCUCGUUGGCGGCGGCACGGAGAACCAUCUCGUGCUGCUCGACCUCAAGCCCCAGGGCAUUGACGGCAGCCGCGUCGAGCGUGUGCUGGAGCUCGUCGGCGUCGCGUCCAACAAGAACACCGUGCCUGGUGACCGCUCGGCGCUUGUACCCGGCGGCCUGCGUAUCGGCACCCCGGCCAUGACGACGAGGGGUUUCAGCGAGGAGGACUUUGGCCGCGUCGCUGAUAUCAUCGACCGCGCCGUCACCAUUGCUGUGCGCAUCGAUAAGGCGGCCAAGAAGGCGGCCGCCGAGCGCGGCGAGAAGAAGCCUGGCCUGCAGCGCAUCUUCAUGGCACACCUGGGCAACGGCGACUCGGACCCCGAGAUUGUGCAGCUGCGGUCCGAGGUGUCCGACUGGGUCGGAACCUACCCUCUUCCCUGGGUGUCCUCGCGCGCAUAG